AUGUCAGGAUACCCAGGUCAAUAUGGAGGAUACCAAGGCGGCCCCCCACCGCAGCAACAAUACGCGCCUUCUGGCAGCUACUAUCCUCCACCGCAGCAAGGAUAUAAUGGAUACCCCCCCGCAGGAUCGGGAUACGGCUACCAACAGCCGUCGCCUCAACCCUAUGGUUACAACCAGCAAUACGGCGGGUACCAGCAGCCUCCGCAGCCCAAUUACAACAACCGCCCAGGAGUGCCGACAGUGAAUUCGAAUGCGUACAUGCACGGAAAUAACCACGCUCCUCCUCCGCCGCCGUCCGCUCCGCAGCAAUUCGGACAUGGCGCGCCCAACGGAUAUGCCUUUCAGUACUCCAACUGCACAGGUCGGAGAAAGGCACUGCUGAUUGGAAUCAACUACUUUGGCCAGCGCGGCCAACUGCGCGGAUGCAUCAACGAUGUCAAAAACAUGUCGGCAUACCUGGUUGACCGUUUUGGAUAUAAGCGGGAGGACAUGGUCAUUCUUACUGAUGACCAGCAAAACCCAAUGAGCCAGCCUACAAAACAGAACCUUCUGAGAGCCAUGCACUGGCUGGUCAAGGACGCGAGACCCAACGACUCUCUCUUCUUUCACUACUCAGGCCAUGGCGGGCAAACAAAGGAUCUCGACGGCGACGAGCCUGAUGGGUAUGACGAAGUCAUAUAUCCUGUGGACUUCCGCCAAACCGGUCAUAUCACGGACGACGAGAUGCACAGGAUCAUGGUGAAGCCUCUACAGGCUGGCGUGAGACUCACCGCCAUUUUCGAUUCUUGCCAUUCGGGUACUGCUCUCGAUCUGCCUUACAUUUACUCAACCCAAGGCAUUCUCAAAGAACCCAACCUUGCCAAGGAGGCUGGCCAAGGACUUCUCGGCGUCAUUUCGUCAUACAGUCAAGGCGACCUUGGCGGUGUUGCAAGCAAUAUUAUGGGCUUUUUCAAGAAGGCCACCACCGGCGAUGAUGCAUACAACCGCACAAUGGCUACCAAGACAUCACCUGCCGACGUAAUCAUGCUGUCUGGAAGCAAAGACGACCAAACUUCGGCCGAUGCAACGAUCGCUGCUCAAGCCACCGGCGCAAUGUCGUGGGCUUUCAUCACCGCUCUCAAGAAGAACCCCCAGCAGAGUUACGUGCAACUCCUCAAUAGCAUCCGAGACGAACUUGCGACUCGUUACACGCAGAAGCCUCAGCUGUCAUGCAGCCACCCUUUGAAUACCAACCUCCUAUUCAUCGUAUAA